AUGCCUCUCUUCAAGUACCGCCGUCUUCCUCGAAGAAAGCUCUCCAGCAAACAGGGCAAGUCCAUGCAAGAUGAGCUUGCGCGCCUCGUCGAAUCCGUGGCGGAAACUGCACCGCGGAAGGCAUUCGACGCGGAAAUGCAAUCUUUCUUUCAACUAUUCACUCGCUACUUGGCAGACAAGUCUGGGGGUGAAAAAUUAGACUGGAAUUGCAUCAAGUCCGCAGAGAGGAACAUCGUACCAUACGAUAGCAUUUCCAGUGUUGUCGACCAUGCAUUACUCGAGAAGUUGGCCGUCCUCAAGGUAAACGGUGGACUGGGAACAUCGAUGGGCAUGAUUGGUGCAAAGAGUGCUCUCGAAGUGAGGAAUGAGAUGUCCUUCCUUGAUCUAACAGUUCAGCAAAUCGAACACCUCAACAAGUCGUUGAAUGUGGACGUUCCUCUCAUCUUGAUGACUUCUUUCAACACCCAUUCAGACACGUUGCGUAUCAUCAAGAAGUACGCCAACAACCAGCUAAGAAUAACGACCUUCAACCAGUCGCGGUAUCCUCGUAUCUCGAAAGACUCCUUGACGCCAUGCCCCAAGAGUGCGGAUGACGAACAUUCCGCAUGGUAUCCACCAGGACAUGGCGACCUCUACAACGCAUUACUUCACUCAGGCGUACUCGAUCAGCUUCUUGCCGAUGGCAAGGAUUACCUCUUUGUGUCCAAUUCGGAUAACCUUGGCGCAGUCGUCGACCAAAGGAUUCUGCAGCAUAUGGCAGACACCAAUGCGGAAUUUAUAAUGGAAGUGACGGACAAAACCAAGGCUGAUGUUAAAGGCGGCACAUUGAUUGAUUACAACGGGUCCACGCGUCUCUUGGAAAUUGCUCAGGUUCCGCCUGAGUAUACCGACGAGUUUAAAUCUGUUCGAAAAUUCAAGAUUUUCAACACGAAUAACUUGUGGAUCGACCUCAAAGCUCUCAAACGGAAUAUGUUGAACGGUGGCAUGGACUUGGACAUCAUCGUCAACCACAAGAUCACUGAUAACGGUGAUGCGGUUAUUCAGCUUGAAACCGCUGCCGGGGCCGCUAUAAGGCAUUUCAACAACGCUCUAGGUAUCAAUGUCCCGCGCCGCCGUUUUUUGCCCGUGAAAAACUGCUCGGACCUACUUCUCGUCAGGAGCGACGUGUAUUCGCUCGAGCACGGCCAGUUGGUCCCCAAUCCCAGUCGAAUGUUCUCCGCGACGCCCGUCAUCCAACUCGGAGACCACUUCAAGAAGGUACAGCAAUUCUUGAAACGCUUUAAAGGCAUUCCCUCGAUCGUCGAGCUCGACCUCCUCACUAUCGUGGGCGACGUUUACAUUGGGAGGAAUGUCACGCUGCGUGGAACUGUCAUUAUUCUUGCUAACGAAGGGCAACGCAUAACCAUACCAGACGGCGCGGUUCUAGUAGACAGACUUGUGAACGGCAAUCUUACCGUCAUCGAGCUGUAA